UUUUUUUUAAAUCGAAUAAUAAUAUGCCUCACUAUGCCUCACCAACACAACUUCAUAAUCAUGUAUCACGGUUAUUUACUGGGAAAAUUAUAAAAUCUCUUCCAGUAUGGUAUUCGGCCAUGAAAAAUAUUCCACCUGGUCAAAGUUUAUUACGUAGUCCUUUACAAUUUCGUGAGGAUAAUUUACAAAACCAUAAUUUGCGCCUUCGGCGAGACACGAAGUCUCAUUCUCAAAAACAUUUGAAAACAAAAGUUCCAAGACCACAAAAAAUUUAUUAUAUGUUAGAUGCUUUGCGUAAAGAUUUUUAUCGUGAUCAUCCAUAUGAAUUAUUAAGACCACAAAUUUUGAUAGAACAGGACGGUGGAUUCGUGGAGAAGAUUUUGGGCAAUUUAAAAUUUCCUUGCCGAGUUACUGGUGAAAAGUGAAGUUUUUAUUUAAUUUUUUUCUAUAAAAAUCUUAAACGUGAAGAAAUAUAUUCGCUAAUAUAAAAAUUUUUUUUUCUUUUAGUGUUAUUAAAUAUCAAGAAUAUUUAAUCAAAAAGAAAGGGAUGUCAAAAAAUGAUGCAUAUAUUCAAGCAUGUAAUGAAUUUUAUAAAAU